AAAAAUAAAAUUUAUAAAUUCAAAAUAAGAUGAAAAUGAACCAUAGUAUGUAAAUCUGUGAAAAAAGAAUCAAUAUGAGGGAGAAAUUGAUGAGAACGGAUGAAUUCCGAAAACUAAGCGUGGAUAAAAAAUCCCUUGAAUUGUUUAUGCUUUUGAAAGAAAACAACCGACUUUUACAGGAAACUGCUGAGAAUUUUAACGCUAGCUUGAGAAGUGUUAGUCCCUCUACAGUAUCAGUUAGUUCUAUAAACAGUCGGCAUCAUCACCACGUGAAGAAAAUAAACAAUAACCAGCUCAAACCUCCAAUUUACAAGAAGAAUAGCUUCAGUUUACAUAAAGAGAAGCUGAAUGAAACCUCAGAGAAUAUUCCAGCCUGGAAAACCUUUUUGAAUAUUAAUUCAGAUAAACAUGAUCCCUGGAUCAAUCUUAUUCUGGAUCUUUGCGGAGAGGAUUACUUUGACAGAGUUAGGUCCUUGGCUAAAAGUAAAGCUGAAACUGCAAUUAUUAAUGUGGGGGGACAACGACAUGAGGUAACUUAUUCUACAUUGGCCAAACUUCCUGAUACUAGAUUAGCAAAACUUCGGAGAGCUAAAACUCAACAAGAACUUAAUUCUCUGUGUGAUAGAUAUGACGGGAACAAUGAGUACUUUUUUGACCGAGAUCCUCGUAGUGUGGCAGCAAUCAUCAAUUUUUAUAGAAUAGGAAAACUUCACAGAUCACAGGAAACCUGUCCAAUAGCUUUCAGUGAAGAAUUAACAUUUUGGGGGAUCAGUGAACUCUUUGUGGAACCAUGUUGUCAGGAGGCGUAUUAUGACAGAAAAGAUCUGAUGAAGCAAGCUAGUAAAAGAGAAGAAGACGACUUUUUUAUAUUUCCAAAUACAUGCUUAGGCCGAACUAAGCAAUGGUGGUGGUAUCUGUUUGAAUAUCCAAAUCUUACACUCAGAUCUCGAAUAGUUGCAUUGGUAUCUUUUUUCUUCGUUCUGUUGUCGACAGUUGUUCUUGUUGUUUCCACACUUCUAGAGGAUAGUAAUAGAGAUGACCCAAACUAUACCAAUUAUACGAUUGAAAUCCUGGAAGCAAUUUACAUGACCUGGUUUACUAUAGAGUUCCUGGGACGCUUCCUAUCCUGUCCAGAUCAUUACAGAUUUAUACAAAGUUUUAUGAAUAUAAUUGAUCUGCUGGCAAUAUUACCUUACUAUCUUUCUCCUCUUCUCAACUCUCUUGACAGUGUUAAAACUGUUGGUCAAGUUCUCAGAAUAUUGCGGAUAAUGAGAGUAUUCAAGAUGGCGCGGCAUUCCCGUGGAUUACAGGGUCUAGGAUACACAAUGAAGGCGUCCUACAAAGAACUUGGCCUUAUUCUGAUGUUUGUUGGAAUAGGAAUUCUUAUAUUCAGUGCUCUGACCUAUAUGUCUGAGAAAGAACUUGCUUCCACAAAGUUUACCAGUGUGAUUGAUGCCUUCUGGUGGGCAGCCAUUACUAUGACUACAGUUGGGUAUGGAGAUGUAUUUCCAAAGACUGUUGUUGGACGAAUAGUUGGAUCUAUCUGCGCUAUCACCGGAACUCUGGUAAUUGCACUUCCGGUUCCGAUAGUUUCAGAAAACUUCUCUCUAUUUUACAAACAAGAACGAAGGCGACUAAUGGUAAGUGAAAGACGGUCAGCACUAGAGAAAGCCCAAGCUGAAGGCCGGGUCCGGGAUUAUGAUGGACAAAAUGAAGAGAAAGCGGCUAAAAUUAUCCAAGAAAGGUUUCGAGAGAGAACAAACUAUUUGCUAACCCAAAACUCUGAUAAGAAGGGCAAAGGAGAAAGCUACUACAUAGGAUCACAAAAGGAAGUAAGAAUAAACUCUGUUGAGCUAAGAAGAGAGUUUGGAAGAGAACAAAGGCAAAUUAAAGAUGAAGAUGAAGCCUGGAGAUUGAAGAGAGAAAGUAUUGACAUAAACUCAUGGAUAGAAUCUCCUGAUAGAGCACGGCAGAAAACCAAGAUCAAGCACGGGAAAUAGAUGAAAAAAUCUCUUAGGUUCAUUUGUUAAAAGCCUGAAUAUAGUGAUCUUGAAAAUAUCUAUUUUUGGAUUUGAAAUAUAAUAAUUAAUAUAUGCAAUUUGCAUGCGUAAUAUUUAAAAACAAGAUAUCAUGACUAUGCAAAGUACAAUCUUAAUAUAAAUUGAUAAAAAAGACUUGAAAAAACUGGCACUAGCUUUCAAAAAACUUCAAGGUUGAAAAAAAAUUUUAUAAUUCAU